AUGGAUCAAUCAAAGAUUGUUUGUGAAGGCAGACAAGAAGUUAUUUGGUGGUUCAAUAAUGUUAAGUUAAAAAAUGGUAAGAGAAUAAGGCCUGUUACUGUAUCUAGACAUUGUAGAACUGAUGCAUCGUUUGAAGGCUAUGGGGGUAUAGACAUAGAUAAUAAUAUACAUUGUAAUGGAAGGUGGAGUUUAAGAGAAUUAAAUAAUAGUAUAAAUUAUUUGGAGCUCCUUGCUAUUUUCUAUUCUUUAAAGGCUAUGUUUGCUGAAUGUAAGGAUUUACAUAUACAGGUUCAGUCAGAUAAUACGACUGCUAUAGCCUAUAUUAAUAAUUUUGGUGGUAUGGAGUCCAGAGAUUUGGAUAAUUUGUCAAAAUUAAUUUGGAAAUGGUGUUUAGAUAGAAAUGUUUAUAUUUCUGCUGUUCAUGUUCCUGGAAGAUUAAAUUCAGCAGAUUUUUAUUCCAGAAAUUUUUCGGACUCCACUGAGUGGAUGCUUAAAGAUAAUAUUUUUCAGAGGUUAUGUAAACAUACUUUUAUUCCUGAUGUCGACCUUUUUGCCUCAAGGUUAAAUAAACGUUUACCAAGAUUUGUAUCUUGGUUUCCUGAACCAGGUGCUUUAGCUGUUAAUGCAUUUGCUAUUUCUUGGAGUAAUUUCACUCCAUAUAUUUUUCCACCAUUUAACCUUAUUGGGAAGGUAAUUAAUAAGAUCAUUACAGAUGAAGUUGAUAAGGCCUUAGUAGUUAUCCCUUACUGGUUUACUCAAAGCUGGUUUCCCUUAUUAUUAGAUAUUUUAUCUGAUUUUCCUAUUAGAUUACCAAGGCAUACAGACCUAUUAGUGCUUCCGCACGACGGACAGAAACAUCCUUUGUCAAAAAGAAUGAAGAUGGUUGGUGUUGUGUUGUCAGGAAAGCGUUCAAAGAUACAGGACUUCCGGAAGAAAUUGCAGGUUUCAUAUCCAACUCAUGGUCUAAAGGUACACGUAAACAGUACACAAGUGCUUGGAGUAAGUGGUGUAUUUGGAAUUAUCUCAGAGGUUCCAAUCCACUUUGUGCCUCUGAAACGGUUGUAA